UGUACGUACGUACGUGCGUGUGUGCGGGAGAGCGUGUAAGUGUGUGCGUGUGUGCGUGCGGCGUGACGUCACGGCCGCCACACGCCGCCACCUGCUGGCCGCGCCGCGCCGCCGCCGCCGCUGCCGCGGUGCUGCCAGUCCACUGUGGAUCGUGCCAGCGUCAGGACGUGCCCCGCUGCCACGCACACACUUGUACACGGCCGCGCACGCACACGCACGCACACGCCUCCGUGACCCGCCCCGUGUGUCCCCAGAGGGAGGCGUUGCGGCAGGCGAUGGAAGGCGUGGGGGGCGUCAGCGGCGUGGAGGACCGGCGCUUCUCCGUGCUGACGUACGAGCAGGUGCGUCACCUUAACGAGGUGCUGCACGAGGUGGUGUCCAUCCACGGCCGCGGGAACUUCCCUACCCUGGAGAUCCGCCUACGGGACCUGGUGAGCCUGGUGCGCGCCAAGCUGGAGGCCGAGGCGGUGCAGGUGCGGGACAUCCGCAUCAACGGCGGCGCCGCCUCGCACAUCCUGGCCGCCACGCCGGACCAGGCCUACAACGACCUGGACCUCAUCUUCGCGGUGGACCUCAGCUCGCCGCGCUCCUACGACCGCGUCAAGAACGCCGUGCUGGAGGUGCUGCUGGACUUCCUGCCCGCGGGUGUCAGCAAGCGCCGCAUGUCCUCGUGCUCCAUGAAGGAGGGCUACGUGCACAAGAUGGUCAAAGUGAACGACACGGACCGCUGGUCGCUCAUCUCGCUGUCCAACCACGGCGGCCGCAACGUGGAGCUCAAGUUCGUGGACACCAUGAAGCGCCAGUUCGAGUUCUCCGUGGACUCAUUCCAGGUGGUGCUGGACUCGCUGCUGCUGUUUUACGAGUGCGCCGAGAUGCCCAUCAGCGAGAACUUCUACCCCACCGUCAUGGGCGAGAGCGUGUACGGGGACUUCAGCGAGGCGCUCUACCACCUGCAGAAGAAGCUGAUCGCCACCAAAAACCCCGAGGAGAUCCGCGGCGGCGGCCUGCUCAAGUACUGCAGCCUGCUGGUGAAGGAGUACGAGCCCGCCCGCCCCGACGAGAUCAAGACGCUGGAGCGGUACAUGUGCUCGCGCUUCUUCAUCGACUUCCCCGACGUGUCGCAGCAGCAGAGCAAGAUCGAGGCGUACCUGUGGAACCACUUCGUGGGGCCCGACGAGGCGCUGCGCUACGACUUCCUGAUGGUGGUGCACCGCGUGGUGGACGACAGCACGGUGUGCCUGAUGGGUCACGAGCGGCGCCAGACCCUCAACCUGAUCGACGAGCUGGCGUGCCAGGUGUUCUACACAGACCAGCACCGCCUGUACACCAAGCAGCAGCCGUGCUCGUCGCCCUCGCCGUGCUCCUCAGCCUCCUCGUGCUCCUCGUCCUCGUCCUCGUCCUCAUCCUCGUCCUCGUCCUCGUCUAGUAGUAGCUUCGACGUGCACAUAGCGCCCCCGCCGCCCGUCAUCUACAGCAACGGCUACUACUACGCGCCCAUCGUGCCAGCACCCGCGCCGCCACAGCCCUACACGUGUACCUGCGGGUGGCUGCAGUGUGCCUAGGGGCGCCGCGCUCCCCUUCCCCCCACGGGCCGCGAGUGCCAUCAGCAAACACUGGUAACGCUGCCGCCACGACCCCUGGGCGUGGGCGGCGGGCGGUGGUGGCGGCGGCGGCGGCGGUGGAGGUGGGCAGCCACCCCCGCCACCCGCCGCCGCCGCCGCCGCCAGGCCCGCCCAGCGUCGCCGCCCACUGUGAUAUAAUGAACCUGACGAGUGUGUCAGUGCUGCACGCGCCGCGCACACCACCACCCAAAGGAGUAUUACUACCAUUACUAUACUACUACUACUUCUACUACUACUACUACCACUACUACUACUACCACUCACACUGCUACUACUACUACUACUACUACUACUACUUCCACCACACUUGUCACUACUUCAAUGCCACCCCUGCUUUAGUUGAUCAUUCCCUGCCCCCACUAUCUCCAACACCACCACCCACACCACGCCCGCGCCGCCACGGCCAGGUGCAACCCCCAACACACCCACGGGACAAGACACCGCGGGGGGGACAGGACCCCGCCCACCACCGCCCCCCAACCCCCGGCACGAGGAGGAGACAAGCAGAGGCAACACGGAGACUGACCCCCCACCCCCCCAGAGGUCAUAGGGGUCACGGGGCCAUAAGAGGAGAACCACGUGACCGCCCUUAUGUGCAAGCAGUGAGCCUGUUCACAAUCACACUCAAGCGUUAAUAGUCCCCCCUUGAAUACAUCUCACUGGCACUCCGUUUUCUGUUGAGCAUGACCUGACACGACCUGCCCUUUGACCUCUCGACCUAGGAGGAGGAGGAGGAGGAGGAGGGAAGAGAGAUAGUGAAGAAGAAUGUACAAAAGAAGAUGAGAAGAGGUAAACUCAAAACAUCGUAGCUGCCCCUGGAAAGAAAACGCGUAGAAAACGGGAAACCACUAUCGCUGUGACUGAAGAAAACGGAAGGAAGAAGCAGAAGAAAAAGUGAAAAGCGGACGAAAAGAGAGAGAGAGAGAGAGAGAGAGAGAGAGAGAGAGAGAGAGAGAGAGAGAGAGAGAGAGAGAGAGAGCAAAUUUGUGGUUUGAAAGAAGAAAGCAAGGAAGAAAAUGAGGAAUGAAAGAGGAGGAAUAGAUAGAGAUAGAGUAGAUAGGUAGAGAGAGAGAGAGAGAGAGAGAGAGAGAGAGAGAGAGAGAGAGAGAAAGGAAAAAGAAACUGAAGAAAAUAAAGAAAACGAGAGAAUAAAAGAAAAAAUAAAGAAGAGAGAAGGAAGAAGAAAAAAAACGAAGAUAGAGAGAGAAAAAAAUAAAUAAAACCUAAAAGAAAGAAAGAAAGAGAGAAACAAAGAAAAUGAAACCAAAAAGACGACAGACAAUAAAGGAAAAACUAGAGGAAACACAAAUGAAGAAUUAAGCAAAAUCAGAAAAAGAGAGAGAGAGAGAAAGAGAGGAGGAAGAAGCUGCCUAUCCACCAAAGCGCCACUACCCGGAACUAGUGAGCGCGCGCCAUCUGUUGAUUGAAAGUCGCACUGUUACUCUCAUCCGUCACGCCGCCGCCACUUGUCCAGGUUUCACGCACUGUAUUGAGGUCGUGAGGGAGGUUUGUGCUGCUCCCGUCUUUCCACACCUGUCCACCUGCUCCCCGCUGUCUCAUUUGCACGCCCACCUGUUAUGCUCCGUAUGUCUUGCUGAGUGUAUAAGGAAAUUCGUAUUUAUAUAUUUUUUUUUUAUAGGUUGUUGAUAUUUUGUGUUGUUUGUUUAUGUAAGGUUUGUUUAUACGUGUGUUUGUUUGUGUGUCUGGAAUGUGAAAGCUGUCCAAAGUUUGUGAUGAAUAACUCAAAUGGCGGAAAGACAAAACAGUGAGAAUGAUAUUUGUACAUGCACUGAUAAAGGGCGUAACAGUUUCCUGCCCCGUGAUUGGCUGGCGGCGGCGUGACGUCACGAGGAAAAGGAAAAGAAAAUGGAUUGUUCUAGACAGGCUUUGUAAUGUGACAAUAGGUUUAUGUUAAUUCAAGUGAACGAAAUGUUUUGCAAUAUAUAAAACGAGGUGGAUUAUUACAAAGAGCUAGGCAAUAUGGAAACUAUUGUAUUUUGUUAAUGAUAUUCUUAUUUUGCAUAAAGUAUUUAAAAAUGUGAUGAUUUAAAAGAACAUUUCUAUUUUAUGUGAAAGAAAAGGUAACUUGUAAGAAUUAAUGGAUGUAUCUCUCUCUCUCUCUCUCUCUCUCUCUCUCUCUCUCUCUCUCUCUCUCUCUCUCUCUCUCUCUCUCUCUCCAGCUGUUUUUAGACGUCUGCUUCCUCCCGUGGCUUCCCAUACAAGAUGUGGGUUGGUUACAGGCUAGUCUUGCGUUCUGCUUUGCUUUUGGCCAGCUCGAUGUACGUGGUUGUGCUCUGAUUGGCUCCCGGCGGUGGCGAGUACGCGUGCUUGCAUUCUCAUUGGUUGAUUGGGGUGACAGUGAUCCAAUGAGGUUAAAGGAAAUUAAGUUUGUACGUGUGUUUGUCAAAGAUGAGUAGUUUGGGUGAUUCAGUGGUUAGUCUGGGUGAUUCAUCGGUUAGUUCGGAUAACUGAAUGGAUCGGCCGGAUAAUUGAGUGGCUAACCAGUACAAUAAAGUCACUAGUCCGGAUAAUUGAAUGGUUAGCCAGUAUAUCAGGGUAAUAAAGUGUUCAGUCCGGUUACUUGAAUGAUCCGGAUAACCAAGUUGAUAAUCCGGGUAAUCUAGUGAAUGGUCCGGAUAACGCGUGGCUCUGAUAACGGUACCGGUUACGAGGUAGUGUUCUUGCGUUGGUUGGUUAACUCUGUAGCCCUUAUCUCACCUGUGGUUAAUUAAUCGGUGUUCACCUGUGUGGUUCAGGCUUGUACUAGUUGAAGUGAUGAGUAGUUACCUGACUAUGCUAACCUGUCACAUCCUAAUUAGUGUUGGUUCACCUGUGUUGUCACUAGCACUGGUUCACCUGGUUGUCACAUUCACUUGGGACUCUCUCACCUAUCAAUGGUCGAACUAGUACUAGUCUAUCUGUCGACUGGCCGCAGGUACUCGAUCACGGUCGACUCACCUGUGUGGCUUAACGAGUCUUACCUGAGCACGAAAUACGAAGAAGUUGUUUUGCUCACGUACGGUUCCUUCCGCUUCCCCUGUGUGUGCAUCGCCUGCUGUGGACCGCCCCGUCUGAUUCCACUCGUAUCCGGAACAUAGUGAGAGGGAGGGUAAAGAUGGGUUUGUUACGGAUACGAGCCUAACUAAGCGAUUCUCACUGGCAACGCAGUAAACGUGCAGGUGCGGAGGUUGUACUUAAUCACAGGUGAGGGGAAGUUAUCUGCGGAGGGAACACCUGGUGGACUACAUUCACCUGGUCACCUGGUUACAUUAAUCUGCUCACCUGUCCAGACAUCUCACGUGUUGGGCCUUAGGGGAAUAUCAAAUUUUACUAACAGUCACAAAACAUGUCUUUUUUUCUUAAUCUUCUAAAUGUUCCCCCCUAUUUGUUUUUCAUCUCUCUCUAAUUCUUCUCUGGCAGUUUGAUAUAUAUAUUUUUCUUUUUAAGCCUUUGUUUCAUGUACUUUCAAACACUCCCACAAUGCACCGCCCACUGCGUGUAAUAGUGCAGUCAGAGCCACAAGUCCUAACACACUGCUUUCUUGUCCACGGUUCGUCUCUGUCCGCAAUACAAAGUCGUGAUCAAUUGCCAGUUAUUGAUAGACCCCAGCAGACCAGAAUCAUACUUUGUGGUUCAAGAGUCAAUUUUACAAUUUUAAGACCCUUUGCUGAGUCCUUCAACUAGUAAUUAAUUCCCAGCAGACUGAAGGUAAAAUUUUUGUGGUUCAAGGAUCAAAAUUUUCGUACAAUUUUAAGAUCUUUUUGCUGACAAUAAUAGAGUGAUAAUGUAUUGAAUCGCUCCUCCAGGAUUGAAUGGUCAGAGUUUUCCCUCAAAUUCCAGUCCUCUCUGCUGAUAAUCUUUGAGAAUUAAAAAUUUCUAGAUUCCAUGCAGAUUGGAUUGGAAUUGUGGCGGUGAUGGUAAAUAAAGAAAACGGAGUGUGGCGGUAUCUAACUCCCCGUUUUCCUUGCAGUGAUAGAAAACGGGAGUGAUAAACAAAUCCUAGAAAACGGGAUUUAAACGCGAAACAAAAUGUCAGAAAGUGAUUUUCAGUGCAGUGUUACCAGUUCGCGGGUGCUGAGGGCUUGUGGCGCUGGCUGUACCUCCGUGCUGGGCUGGUUAUUGGUAAAAGCGGUAGACUUUCCGUGAACGAUGAUGUCCAAGGGCUGCCGUGCCCACCUGACAAAGGUACAAAGUGUUUGGUGAUCGUAUGUAGAAUUCUUUUUUUCUUUCCUCCGCCUGACAGACAAUACGAUAAUCAUUAAACGUCAAGAAAAAAAUAUAAAAGGAGAAAGAAAAAAAAUGUGAAAAAAAAAAUAAAUAUAUACAAUAGGUGUAUAAAAGGAAGUUCAAAAAAUACUACUACUACUAUUGUUAAACUACUGUCACUACUACUACUACUACCACUGCUACUAUAUUACUGUUACUAUUACUCGUACUAUUGUCAUUUCUUUCCGUAUUUUCAUUAUAGUGUUAAGGAGUGCAACAAUUUAUUUUCCUGUUAUAUUUUUCUUUUAUAAUUUACAUGGGCGCCUUUUUUCCUUGGUUAUGUGUUCGAAAGAGAACGGGAUGUGAUUCACGUUUUCUGUUACGAAUGGGGAAACUUGGGUAAAUUGUGAUAUUACAUGUAAAUACUUUAAUGAUAUAGAAGCGUCUACCCCUCUUCUCUCUAUCAUCAUUAUUAUUAUUUUGAAAAGGCGUAAUAAUGAUUAAAAAAAAAUAAAAAAAAAUACUAUAUAUAAUGUACUUGGAUAAGGUUACACUGGGGUAGAAAACCUGAACCACUGUGUAGGGUAAAUGUGUGCUGGUUAGUUUACGAAAGUUUGUCCUUACGCUAGGAGAAAAAGAAAACGAUGUAGAAAAUGUAUUGCAAGAAAGAACCUGCAGUUUUUUAUUAUUAUUAUUAUUAUUAUUAUUAUUAUUAUUAUUAUUAUUAUUAUUAUUAUUAUUAUUAUUAUUGUUAUUCAUGUUAAACGAAGCACAAAAUAGAGGAAGUGUGUGUGUGUGUGUGUGUGUGUGUGUGUGUGUGUGUGUGUGUGUGUGUGUGUGUGUGUGUGUGUGUGUGUCUCAGCUAUGCAAUCAUGGUAACGAGAAAGUGAUAUUGAAAAAAACUAAUUAAGCUUUGUCCAUUUGCAUUAUCAUUAUUAUUAUUAUUAUUAUUAUUAUUAUUAUUAUUAUUAUUAUUACGUGUAUAUAACUUAUUAUUAUUAUUAUUAUUAUUAUUAUUAUUAUUAUUAUUAUUAUUUCACAAUACAUAACCUAAUCAAAUUUUCGAAGUUGACGUUAAAUUUACUUGUUUAUUUUCAUUCUUUAAGGAAGUUUUUUUUUUCUGUGUUAAUCAAAUCACUUAUCAUUGCUCUUACUAGUGAAUGUAAAAUAUUUAAUGAUUAAUGAAUAGCAAGUUAGUAAUAGUAGUAGUAGUAGUAGUAGUAGUAGUAAUGAUAAUAAUAAUAAUAAUAAUAAUAAUAAUAAUAACUACAACAUACCCGAGCCAAAUGUCAUAAUACAAAAGAUUUAAAUUACACACACACAAAUGAACGAUUGAGGAAGUGUGUGUGUGUGUGUGUGUGUGUGUGUGUGUGUGUGUGUGUGUGUGUGUGUGUGUGUGUGUGUGUGUGUGUGUGUGUGUGUGUGUGUGUGUACAUACAGGCUAGUGUAGGUAAUGUAGAAGUGUUCGUAUUUAUUUUUUCUUGACGCUGUUCAUUUGUUUGUUUGUUUGUUUGUUUGUUUGUUUGUUUUGGUUUGGUUCAUGGUCGCCCACUGCUCAUCUCCGAAAGAAAUAAAGAAAAUAAUAAAAAAAAAAAAACUAAGAGAAAAUAAUAAUAAUAAUGUAGAAGUGUAUAAACAGAUCAUAUUUUCCUGUUUUUUCGUGAAAUGUACAUAACCUUUUUCCGUUUUCUUUUCAAAGGGGACCAAUUGUGGUGCGAUUUUAGGCUGAUACACAUUGAGAGAGAGAGAGAGAGAGAGAGAGAGAGAGAGAGAGAGAGAGAGAGAGAGAGAGAGAGAGAGAGAGAGAGAGAGAUGAAUGCCCGUGUGUAUGUGUAUCGAUGUGUACCCAGACUAAACGCACACACACACACACACACUAUUCUCACUAAUACAGUUUCCCCUCCAAACCCAUAAAACCAACCUACAUUUUCUACACGCCGGCCAGUGCGAAGAAAACGGGAUGAGGCAGUAACCCGAGUACUCAUUUUCUUUGCACUGCGGCGUGAGAGAAAACGGGAGUGAGGGGUUUAUUAAGGGUAAUGUAUUGUAUUGUAUUAAUUUUUCACUCCUUUCCCUCCCGUUGAGUUGUGAGCGAGAGUCGUUUUCCUCCGUGUUUCCGUGGCCAGCUCAGGACGAAGAGAAAAUAUUGUAGGGUUCCACAACAUUUAUUCCCUCCCCCACCCCCCACACCCCGUUUUCUUUUUAUAACCAAUAGAUGGGGAGAAAAAAAUACAAAAACGUGUAUAUUUGGUCUUUUUCUUUUUUUUCUUUUUUUUUUUUUUUGGCGAAAGAUGAAUGAAACGAUAUACAAAAAAAAAAAAAACACGAAAAAAAAUAAAUAAAUGAUGCAUCAGUGUGUGUAUAUACAUGAUACAAGAAUACAUAAGUUGAAUAUUGUAUUACAUAAUCUACUACUACGUUUAGUAUACUUAUUGUACUGAAAGGAAUAAGGAAAUGAUGAUAUAUAUAUACGAAAAAAAUAAUGCUUAUGGUAAAAAUAUAAAAAAAGUGAUUAUAUAUGAGAAAUAAAAAAAAUAUAGGUAGAGAUUUUCCCUGAUAUAUUUUUUGCUUUUCCAUUUGAGGGCAUAUAGGGUAGAGGAUAAUUACUACUAUUACUACUAUUAUUAUUAUUAUUAUUAUUAUUAUUAUUAUUAUUAUUAUUAUUAUUAUUAUUAUUAUUAUGCUGAGAAUGUGUUAGGUUUAUUUUCUUUAUUAUUUCUUUUUUUGCCAGGCGUUGCUGGGCUGUCCAUUCAACUGUGAUUACACUACUGGUUGUUACAUAUAUUUUGUUUGGGGUUAUUUGUGAUUAUUUAUUGUUAUUUUUUUGGUUUGAUUUUUUUUUUUUCGCUUUUUUUCUAUUUUCGAUUGUUUGUUUUUCUUUUGUAUUUUUUUUUAUUGUAUUUUCUUUUUUCUUUUUUUUCCUUUAUUUUCGAUUCCAUUUUCUUUUUUUUUUUUUUUUUUUUUACUUAUUUCAAUUACAUUUUCUUUUCUCUCUUAUUUUCGAUCAUUUUUCUUCAUUCCUCUUAACUCUCGACUAUAUAUUUUCAUUCAAUUUCGAAAACAUACUUUAUCUCCUCAAUGACAUCAUUUUCUUAUUACUUAAUUAUAUAUUAUUUAUUUAUUGGUUAUAUAUCUUGUACAAGUGCAGUUAUGAAGGUUGUGUAUUGAAAUCAUUAUUAUUAUUAUUAUUAUUAUUAUUAUUAUUAUUAUUAUUAUUAUCAUCAUUAUUAUCUUUAUUAUUCUUAUCAUUAUUAUUAUUAUUAUUAUUAUUGAAUGUAUACAAUGAUUUCCACACACACACACACACACACACACACACACACACACACACACACACACACACACACAUACACACACAAGAGUUAUGUAUGUAUGUUUGUACGUACGUGUUAAAAUUGCCAACUCUGAACAGCCCGCAAUCCCUACCAUAUGAAAAAAAAAGGAAAGAUACAAAUAAAAAUCACAAAAUGUUGGAAAAAUAA